CUGAAUCAAUUACUAGUCCUGAGCCUGAUAGUUGUGGAUUGGCUGUUUACUUCCACUGCUUUUUGUUCUUUUUGUAUACUGUUUUAAGGCUUCAUUUCUACAUGCAGUUUGCAGGUAACACCAAAUAUGGCAAAGAUCCACGUCGCACGGGUGAUAGAAAGGCUUGAGAGAUCGCUAGUUGAGUUGCCAGAAUCCACCUGCAACGGGAAGACGGAAAAGGUAAUCAAUGAUAUGAGAAGUAUUCAGGAUUUUAUUGGAACACAGAAAUUGAGAGGGAGAAGCAGACUCGAUUAUUACAUAAGUGACAUCGUCAAUAUGGUUCAUGAAGCCUUGAAUGUCAAGGAUGACUUGACUGUCCCUGCUAAGCUCUCUCUCCUAGAAAGAUGGGUUCGUGAGAUCAAAAUGCGCUUGCUUAUAUUUGGAAUUCAUGGGGCCGAAAGUGUUGGAGUUGAAGUAGAUGACCACGAUCAUGUGGUGGGCAUCGAAACUUAUAUCAAAUUGCUGUUUUGCUCAGCCAUUUUCAGUGAGGAAAAGGGCCUUCAGAGUUUGAGUAUUAGUGGCAUCCCAGGUGUUGGAAAGACUACUCUUGCAAGGCAAAUAUACAACCAUGCAGACGAGAGAGAUCGAUUUGAGGUUCGGGUUUGGGUUUGUGUCUCAAGUGAGUUGAGUCAUAAGGAGGUACUAGUGAAACAGAUAAAACAAAACAGGUGGUACAUCCCGAGGAACUCGAAAGAGAUUCUUUGUUAUUAAGGAAAUUCGAAUAUGGGGAUAAUCGAAAUCUCAGACAGAUACUUCACCAACGUCUGGAUGGAGUGCCAUAUUUCAUAGUUCUCGACGACUGGCCAGAACAAAUGUGUUUGAGAUCUAUCCUCAAAGCUCUUCCACAUCAAGCAGACAAAGGAAGUAGAUUGCUGCUGACAAACCGAACUCCGCGUAUAGAAGAAAGCAUCUAAUUCUAUUGUGAGAUGAGUUGUUUGGAUUCUGCUAGGAGUUGGGAAUUGUUGUUGAAAACAAUAUUAAGUGGCAAUAAAGAGCAGAAAUUCCCAAAGCAGUUGGAGAAAAAGGGAAGAGAGAUGUUGAGAAAGUGCUGCGGUCUGCCAUCAACUAUAAAAGAUGAGAGUCUGGGAGUGAAUGGGAAGACAUUGUUGAAUUCUGGGAGUGCAUGUCCAACCAUGACAUGGUAGCAACAAACAUUUCGAAAGCCCUCAUCUUAUGGAUGAUACAGAAGCUGGAGAGAUCACCGGAUUCCGGUAGUGUGCAUUAUUCAGGAAGCCAUGGGAGAGAUUAAAUCUGGAUAUAGGAGCAGCCUGCACUAUUUCACAUGUGACAUUGUUGAUAUGGUACGCGAAGCCCUGUCCCUGUGCACCAAGGGUGAUAACGCCUCUUUCCUCACUAGAUCUAUCGUUGAGGUGAGACUGCGAAUGUUCAAAUUGGGAGAUGAUGAUGCGGAGGCGCAGAGAUCACAAGGCUGUGAUGAUGAUGCUGAUGAUGAACAUGUGGCGGGAUUAGAGAAAGACGUGGAAUUGUUGCUUCGUAGAGUGGUUUUUAAUGAGGAACAAGGCCUUCAGACUUCUAGCGUCACAGGCAUGGUUGGUAUUGGGAAGACGACUCUUGCUAGACAAGUGUACAACAAUCCUGACGUUGUUAGUAGAUUCGAGUGUUGUGCUUGGCUAUGUGUUUCUGCUGACUUAAGUUAUAAAGUAUGAGGAUAAUCAGAGUCUCAAACAGAUGCUUCACCAACACUUGCAUGGAAAACGAUAUUUCAUAGUUCUCGACAUCUUGCGCCAAGAAAUGUGCUUGCAAUAUUUAUUGGCAUGUCUCCCGGAUGAAGAUAAUGAGAGUAGAUUGCUACUCACGAGCCAAACUUGUUACGGAGAAGGCAUCAUUUAUUACAAUUAUGAGGUGAUUCCUUUGGAUGCUGUUAGUAGCUGGCAAUUGUUUCUGAAAACAAUAUCCAGUGGCAACGAGAACAAGUUCCCAAAGCAGUUGGAGGAAAAGGGAAGAGAGAUACUGAACACACAAUGUUGUGGUCUACCAUUAGCUAUAGAAGAUGUUGGUAGGCAGCUAAGCGUCGGGGAGUGAAUGGGAAGACCUUGUCGAGUUCUGGCAAAGCAUGUCCGUAGCAACAAACAUGGCAAAAGCCCUCAUCCUAUGGGUGAUUGGGAAGUUAGAGAGGACGUCGAUGGCGAAUGAAUGGGCUGAGUUUCUUGAAUCAUGGCAGAGUAUGUCCAACCUAGACAUUGUAACAACAAACAUGGCAAAUGCCCUCACAUCAUGGAGGUAAAAAUGCAAAUGUCUAAGUUGAGAUCAGAAAAUGUUGUGAUUGAACAAGAAGAUGAUGAUGAUGGAGAUGUGGUUGGCUUGGAAAGAGAUGUGGAAUUGCUGUUUGGAAGAGCGAUUUUGAAUAAGGAACAAUGCCUUCAGACUUCAACUAUUACAGGCAUGAUUGGUAUAGGCAAGACAACUCUUGCUAGGCACAUAUACAACCAUGGAGCCAUUGUUCGUCAAUUUGAGUGCCGUGCUUGGGUAUGUGUUCCUAGCUAGUAACUUCAGCUAUAAAGAGAUACUUAUCGAAAUAAUACAACAAGUGAUAGAUUGUGAGGGGAUAGUUGUUGAAGAAAAUAGAAUAUUCAGACAACUUAAGUCUCAAGCAAAUGCUUCGCCAACACCUACGAGGAAUGUGAUAUCUCAUAGUUUUCGAUAAGAAAUGUGCUUGAGAUCUAUCGUCAAUGGUCUUCCGGAUGAAGAGAAUGGGAGUAGAUUGUUGCUGGCACAAGCACUCGUCGAUUACGUUCAUAAGAUGAGAUUUUUGGAUGCUACAAAGAGCAGGCAAUUGUUUUCGAAAACAAUAUUCAGUGGAAACACAUUAAAAGGUGAGAACCAAUUCCCAACUGAAUUCAAGAGUAUGGCAAGGCAGUUGUUGGCAGAAUGUGGUGGUCUUCCAUUAGCUAUAAAAUAUGUGGGAAGGCAGUUAGCUGAAAAGAGACAAGCAGGGAGUGAAUGGGAACAUAUUCUUGAAUCCUUUGAUUUUGAUGCCAUAUUGGUGUCAUGUUUCUUGCGUCUCGCCUUCUUUAAGCAAAACACAACUGUGAGGACAGAAAAGUUAAUGAUACUGACAUGGGCUGCAGGAGGAAUCGCCUCAGAAGAAGAAAUUACACAGUCUUUACAUCAAAUGGUUAAAGAGUUGAUUGUUGAAGUGAAUGACUUUCCGAUAAAAAGAUUUUGUGUCAACCCUCUACUACACAAGCUAUCCACCAAAAAAGCAGUGGAGGAAUUAGGGUUUCAGAUUGCAAGGAACAAUGUAACCAGCCGAUCGUCUCAGACUCCGCUCCAUCGUGCUAUCUAUUGCAGCAGGGACAGGCUCGUUUACUCCGACAACCAUGAUAAACUUUUUGUUUCUCUCUUCUUCCGUGGAGAUGGUCACUUGGAUGCCAGUCCGUCUUAUUGGCAGAAUUUUCAGCUACUUAAGAUACUCGACUUGGAAGAUUUUGGGAUCAAGAUAUUACCAGAGAGUAUCGGCACUAAGAUACUUGGGAUUGAGAAACAAUUACAUACAAGAGCUGCCACGGUCGUUGGGGUGCUUGAGGAUCUUGAUAUAGCUCUAAACUGUAUGGUGGAGGUGCCGGAUAUUAUAUGGGAAAUGAGUAGCCUACGCCGCCUCUACAUGACUAAUAUCAUUUUCCGAGAGCCUUUGUUUUUAUUUGUUUUGGGUGUUGAGAGCUUAACCUACGUCUCAGCUGAGAAUUGGACAUGUGCUGAGUGGUGGCCGUUGACGACUAAACUCCGGAAACUAGGGAUUGAAAUUGAGGAGUCGUCAAAUAUAGGAGGUAUCUUGUUUGCCUUGUCUAAUAAGAUGAAGGAGCUUAACUAUCUAUCAUUAAGAGGGUCUCGUUUCAAGAGCAUGCCCACCGAUGGUAUUCCUUCUUGUCUCGUUACACUUAAAUUGGAUGGACGCCUCGCCGGUCUCAGUAAUAUGCCUCUGUAACAUUUCUUUCUUGAAGUUGGUUAAUAGUUGUCUUGUUGACGACCCCAUGCCACUACUAGGAAUGUUGCCUAAGCUAGAAAGAUUGCAGUGAAUAUCAUGGAAUCAGGCUUAAUCUCCAAAAUAAAAGUAGUGGAGAUGUUAGAGCUGCAUUUGGCGAGAGAAUUCACCUCUAUCUCUAUGAUUAUGAAUGCUUAGUUAGAGCCGUAGAGGUGUAUGGUUGUCUAACUGAUCAUUCCAAUUUUGUGAUUUGAUGACUUAUAGCGCAAUCAAACGUCCUCUUUUAUUU